AGCUCCCACUGAGCAUCGGUGCCGUCUGCCUGCCUGCCUGUCUGUCAUGCGAGUCCAAAGCACAGAGAGGAAGGAGUAGCGCAGCCUGGUGAAAGAGCAGCCCUACCUCCCUCCUUCCUUCCCUCACUCCCCGGUUCCGUUCUCCUCAUUCAUCUCCUUCUUUUUGGUUGCGCUUGAAUUCUUGCUGAAUGAGUCUCCCGCGGAGGCUCGGCCGUGUCUUUGCGCUCACUUGUGACAUCUUCGCCGGGAAGACGAUGCCUCUGAGGACGGGACUUUUCCUUCUGAUGCUGCUCAACGCAUCUGCAUACGAGCUGGAUCACAACGAGUCCUAUUCGUCCAGGAGAGCACGCUUCUCGGCCAACAGCCCUUCAGAUGUGGCACGCUGUCUCAACGGUGCCCUCCAAGUCGGCUGCGGGGCCUUCGCCUGCCUGGAAAACUCAACGUGCGACACAGAUGGCAUGCAUGACAUCUGCAAGUCCUUCCUGUACAGUGCUGCUAAAUUUGACACUCAGGGUAAAGCAUUUGUGAAAGAGAGCCUUAAGUGCAUUGCCAACGGCAUCACCUCCAAGGUCUUCCUGACCAUCCGUCGCUGCUCCACAUUCCAAAGAAUGAUAUCGGAAGUCCAGGAGGAGUGCUACAGCAAGCUGGGUAUCUGCACGGUGGCCCGGACCAACCCGGACGCUAUCGGCGAGGUGGCUCAGCUGCCGAGCCACUUCCCCAAUAGGUUCUACGGGAGGCUGCUGCAGAGCCUGAUGGACUGUGACGAGGACACGGUAGAGCGCGUCAGAGCCAGCAUGGUGUCUCGGAUGGGCCCGGAGAUGAGCAUCCUCGUACAGCUAUUGCAGAACAAGCCGUGCGCGUCCACGGCCGGCUCGGUCGCCGCCGCCGCCGCCGUCGCCACUCCGACCGGAGCGGAGGCCCGCGGGAACUGGCGCUGGUCUGUGGGCCCUCAUAUGUACAAGAUCCAGCCUAGUCUGCGAAACAGAGACCUUGCCAGUCAUUUUGGCAAAAAGCGCUCAGCCAGUGACAGCUCCUAACUUCGUUGCACUCCAAGUUGAAAUGGCUCCUCUAUUCCCUCGGGGUGAACUCAUUCAUUCCUCCGCUCGACUGGAAGUGAUACAAAUAUGCACCUCCAGGGAAUGCUGGACCGCCACGAGAGUUGAUUUGAUUGUUGCUAUAUUGUGUAUGCUACGUCUAAGGCUUGAGGGACACCCCACCCCCACAUUCAUCACUCCAGCAGCCUUGCUCACUCUUCAUCUCGCUCGGAGGAGAUGAAUCCUUAAAAGGUCUUAUGCCAAGCACAAAAGGGAAGAAAAAAAACAAAACAGCCAUAGUGGUUCAUAUCUCUAGAGUAGGGGUUCUCAAAUUUCCCGUCAUCCAUAUAAUCCUCAUGCCGUUUAAGGCCCAAAUGGUAUAGGACUGUCAAAUGUUGCCUACGUUUGAGAACAAAAGUCAGAACGGUGGUUUUUUGAGAUUUGGUCAGUGUUCAACUGUAAUCUUGAGAAUAAUGUCACUUAUUUCCAACUCGUAAAACUAUAUUAACGAGCACAUUUCAAAAAUCUAUUCAAAAAUAGUUUUUUUUUUUUUCAGAUAUGAGGCAAUCUGUUUUAACAAUGACUUUAUCGUUUAAAAAAAAAAAUCAUGUCAUGUUAGAAUUAGGAUUGGACCUUAAGUAGGGAGGGGAUGUGUCAGAAAAGUUCCAGGACCCGUGUCACGAAUCUACUUCCCCCCCCAAUAGAAGUCCUCCGCUCACACUUUGCCAUCCCUCUUUGCCUCGCCUUCAUGCACACUUGGAAGGCCAUCUUGACCCACAUCACGAUAGGAAAAGAGGGGAGUCGGAUAAUUGGGAACGUUGUUCCACCACGGCAAUGCUCUUCUCGGCCAGGGAGUGUCAGAUGCUCACGGCUUUGUCAGCUGGUACGUUGACGUAGCCAGGAGUUUGGGUGCUAAUCCAUCAUCUGACGCACAAUAAAGGGAAAACAAGGAGUAUACAUUGUGACACCAACCCUGGAGCUUUAAAAAAAUCAUAGCAGAAUUUAUUGCUAAUUAUUUUGCUGACCCCACUUUGAGAAAGAACCACUGCUCUAGAACAGGGGUAUCACUGGAGCCCACCACUUCAAUGCUGCAAAUUGAAAAUAGGAUUCUCCAGGGCCCAGUUGUCACGGGACCAUUCAAAUCUUUUCCCCCGCCUCUUCUGGCUCCACUAAGCACAAGCUAAAGUCAUCCAUUGAUCGAUUUAUGGGAUCAUCCGCAAGGGGGAGGGGCGUUAUUUUAGGUGUAGCUGAUAUUUUCGUGAUGAGACCAGUCAAAUUGUGAGCUUGAGAUGUGAAGAUCACCUUCACACGUAUUCUUGAACGACUCUUACAUGUACUGUAUCCUCGAGGUCAUCUGCCACAGCCAUAGCUAGCCUUCUCCGAAGAGCGCGUGGUCACCGCGUGGAGAGAGAUGAUCUUAAACUGACCAAAAAUCAAAGCAAACAAAACAAAAACCCAACUUCAAAACUGCCCUGAAUGCUUUUCAUGACAAAACCAAAAUACGAGUGGACACAUUUGAUGCUGAUGUUUGUUUUCUGAUGACAGAUGGAGCCAUUAGUAGUGACGCGUGUUGUUCGCAAUCAUCGUGAAGCUCGUUAGGCCAAAUCUCUCCGUCAACUCAUCACAAUGCAUACGACUGUUGAGCUUGCCGGCGUCUACGUUUAUGUUGCCGAACGACACGCGCGCGCGCUCGCUCGCUUCCCCGGGGGUCGAGAUUUAGAGUGACUAUUAAAAAAAAAAAACACCAAAAAAAAAAAAAA